AUGCCCUUCAGAUUCCCCGUAAAGUUUCAGCUUCCGCAACAUUGCUACCUCAAUGGAAGAGUUAUCAAAGACCAUUUCAAAAGACUUCAGUAUGCCGAGCAUGAGGUCACAAGAAAGGCGUUGAAGUACAUCGCAAGAAACACUGAAUUACCUGCCAAGGCCAGGUUGGAGGCACAAUUACAGCUCACGGCCAUGCCACAUUAUACAAGCAUAACCCAGAUCAAAGAUAGGUGCAUUGCUUCUGGUCACUCUAGGGCCGUCAUUUCUGACUUCAAGUUGAACAGAACUGCUUUCAGAGAAAGGGCCAGGGCCGGGCAGAUCCCAGGUGUCACCAAAGCCUCGUGGUAG